UGAUCACUCAAUCUGAGUUUUCGCUCAGUCUAUACUACUUUGUCCACGACUUUGUGCCUUUAGUGCCGGAUUCUCUGGAAGAACAGUCCCUCGGAGCUAGAGGGUGGGCGCUUGGAACAAGGGCGGGUCCUCUCACUCACUCACAUACACAAUACAGAUCCUGCGGAAAGAAAAACUACACCUCCCAGGCAGCCCUGCAUGCGCUAUCCGGAGGAGGGAGUGUUGCUCCAGCGGGAUUCAUCCCGGUUCAGUUUCCGUAGGGACGUGUUUGCAGCAGCUGCGAUGCCUCUAUUGUGUCUCCUGCCUCUCUGGAUGCUGCCUGUAGAGUGUGAGGCUAUAUUGACAACAAGGUGUUACCCUUGAGGGCUCAGCAGACAGCUGGAGCGAGGAAGAGUCCGCAGGAGAUGCUAGCUCACCAAACAGAAGAGCGAUCCUCCAGCAGCACCAAGCCAUUCCCUGGGAAAGACCCACGUGAAAUCAACACGGUUGCGUAGGAGAAGCGUGUGGCGCUCGUGAGCAGGUCCCCAGACAAUCCUCUCUGAACAGCCGCUGCAGGGAGAUUUGGGGAAAGGGGAGCUGCUUGUGACGUGUGAGCAAGAAACAGAAGGGGCUCGGCAGGAGCUGAAACAGGACAUUGUCCCCGAGCGAGGAAGUCUGUUUUAAAUGUAAUGCUCAGGGUUAUGUGUCGCUCUUCACGCGGAUCGGGGCGGAAAGCACUAUUGCCACAGACAUAGAGAUCCAGUUUCCUUAGGGAACAACCGGCUCUCCCUCCUGUUUCUUUAAGAGCGCAGGAGAAAAGGGGAGGUGCCACCUUUGGAGGCUGCGAGUCACUCGGUGCUUGAGGAAUACAAGGAAGGAAAUCCUCGCACAAAGCGGAGCGGUAGGGGGUGGGGACGUUCUGUAGCGCGGAGCUGGAUGGACGCCUCCCGGCCGCCCCAGCCCCUGCGUUCAUUCAGAGCAGCCAGAUGUGUUUUAGGGUGCGAUCAGACAGCCUGCCCCUUCCUUCUGUGAUAUACAGAUCAAAGCUGGUAUCCUCAGCAGACAACGAGAAGGAUCUCUGUCGUUUUAGGAGAACAUGGGGCAUCCUGCAUUAGAGUUCAGUGACUGCUACCUGGACAGUCCAGAUUUUCGAGACAGGCUGAAAUGUUAUGAGCAGGAGCUGGAGAGAACCAACAAAUUCAUAAAGGAUGUGAUUAAAGAUGGGAAUGCACUUAUCAGUGCUAUAAAAAGUUACUCUUUUGCCGUGCAGAAAUUCUCUCAGACUCUACAGUCCUUUCAGUUUGACUUUAUUGGGGACACACUAACCGAUGACGAAAUUAAUAUUGCUGAAUCCUUUAAGGAAUUUGCAGAGUUGCUCCAAGAGGUAGAACUUGAGAGAUCAAUGAUGGUCCAAAAUGCUAGUGAUUUGUUGAUCAAACCACUGGAAAAUUUUCGUAAGGAACAAAUAGGCUUCACCAAGGAAAGGAAGAAAAAGUUUGAGAAGGACGGUGAGAAGUUUUAUUCCAUGCUGGAUCGCCAUUUGCAUUUAUCAUCUAAGAAGAAAGAGUCCCAGUUACAGGAGGCUGACUUACAGGUUAAUAAAGAGAGACACAAUUUCUUUGAGUCGUCCCUGGAGUAUGUGUACCAGAUCCAGGAAGUGCAGGAGAGCAAGAAGUUCAGUAUCGUGGAGCCAGUGUUGGCCUUUCUUCACAGCCUCUUUACAUACAACAACCUGACAGUCGAACUCACACAGGACUUCCUCCCUUAUAAACAGCAGCUUCAGCUCAGCCUACAGAAUACGAGGAAUCACUUUUCCAGCACACGAGAGGAGUUGGAAGACCUGAAGAAAAGGAUGAAAGAAGCUCCUCUGACCUGCAAGCUACCCGGGAAGCCAACCAUAGAGGGUUAUCUGUACACUCAGGAGAAAUGGGCACUGGGCAUAUCUUGGGUGAAAUAUUAUUGCCAGUAUGAGAAGGAGUCAAAGAUGCUAAGGAUGACUCCAGUGGAGCAGAAGUCUGGAGCUAAGCAAGGCACCUCAGACUUGACACUGAAGUCCUGUGUAAGGAGGAAGACUGAUUCUAUAGACAAGAGGUUUUGUUUUGAUAUUGAGACGAAUGAAAGGGUUGGGACUAUCACAUUGCAAGCACUUUCAGAAGCUAAUAGACGGCUAUGGAUGGAGGCCAUGGAUGGAAAGGAGCCAAUCUACCACAGUCCCAUCACAAAACAGGAAGAAAUGGAGCUGAAUGAGGUUGGCUUUAAGUUUGUAAGGAAAUGCAUCAAUGCAGUAGAGACCAAAGGGAUCACUACCGAGGGAGUGUACCGAACAGUUGGCAGCAAUAUCCAGGUGCAGAAGUUGCUGAAUGCCUUCUUUGAUCCAAAAUGUCCAGGGGAUGUAGAUCUCCAAAACAGCGACUGGGACAUCAAGACAAUUACCAGCUCAUUGAAAUUCUACCUCAGGAAUCUAGCUGAACCUGUCAUGACGUACAGACUCCAUAAAGAGCUGGUCUCGGCUGCGAAGUCUGAGAACCUGGAUUACAGGCUGGGAGCCAUUCACUCUCUGGUUUAUAAACUACCCGAGAAGAAUAGAGAGAUGUUGGAACUCCUCAUACGACAUCUGGUCAACGUGUGUGAGCACAGCAGAGAGAAUCUGAUGUCCCCAUCCAACAUGGGGGUUAUAUUCGGCCCCACUCUUAUGCGGGCGCAGGAGGACACGGUCGCUGCCAUGAUGAAUAUUAAGUUCCAAAACAUUGUGGUUGAGAUCCUCAUCGAGCACUUUGACAAGAUCUACUCCAGCCCACCUGAGGACAGUGCUGCCCCUCCAGUGCCUCCUCCCAGGGUAGCUGCCCGAAGGCACAAACCCAUCACAAUUUCCAAGCGCCCGCUAAGGGAAAGACCUGUCUUUUAUGGUGGUUCCCUGGAAGAAAAUCAAGGUGACAGCCAUGACCAGACUCCUAAUGGCACCAUCAUCCCUAAUAGCACAGAAGCCCCCAAGCCACUACAUCGCAGCAGACUGCCUACACAGAGAGCAGGAGAGGCUGAUCCUGGAAGGCCUGGCUCAGAGAGCAAGCAUGAACAGUACUCUGAAGUGGUUGUGGGAAAGCUGGUGUCCAAGCUGCAGGAUGGGGGAGCUAAGCUCACCAACAAGGCUGCAAAUGGAGUGGUGACUGGCACCACUGCUCUAAAGACCUCCGUUCUCCAUGCUAAGAGGCCUACUUUGAGGCCCAUGAUAUACAGCAAGGAGGGUGAAUACGACACCUUCACUAAAGCCCGAUCCCCUGGAGAUAAGCCAGUGAUAACACGGCCGCCAGUGAGACCUCCAGACCCUCCGUGCAGAGCUCCUCCAUCCCAAAAGCUGGAGCAGAAGCCUGAGCCAAUAGCAGGAGGAGCGGAGGAAAUGCCUUCAUCUGUAGUGGCCUCCAGAACAAAGUUCUUCGAGACAGCUUCCCGGAGGACAAGCAGCUCCUCAUCACCACAAGGCAGACUCCCGAGUGAUGAGAGCUGAGGCUAAAGGCUUUUAUCCGCCUAACCCUGGCUGGCUCCAGGAGAUUUUCCCACUUCUGAAAUGGACUCCCCUGCUCCCCAGACUGUUUCAAUCUGUGUGAUGUGAUCCUGGAGUGCAGCUAUCCCCAUUGGACACUGCCUGUGGAGCAUACUAUUGUGAAUAGCUCGUGCGGUUACAAGAGAAGGGGAUGAAAUAGGAGGAAGACCCAAGCCUUGUCCCUGUUAAAUUAAAUGCUUGUUUGGGGCCAUUUUGCCACAGCUCCCCUAGCUCCAGCCUUGGGCAGCAUGUAAAGGACACUUGUUAUGUCUAAGGAGGGUGAUAAAUGGUGAGUCUGACAGAGUGGUGAGAGCAGACCUAAUCUGCAGAACUGAGCGGAGGGCAGGCCAUGGAAGGAAUAGGAACAAGCACUUAAAGCAAUCUGCCCUCCAACCCUUUGGAAAUUCCACUCUGGAAAAACAUUGAGUUUGGAUGGAUGUGCAGUCAAAAUGCAAGCGACCAAUACCCAGAGCUUGGGUACCUGGGUGUGACGAGCUGACAUCCGAAUCAGACCUUUUUGCUGUUGGAAACUUCUUGCCAUUGACAUGUUGUUUUAAAAGAAACUGUUUUGAGUGCUAAGUAAACCACGUUGUGUUGUUUCAGUGGUUAAGGCAUCAGUGUGCAUUACGAGAAAACUCUGUUAACCAUAUGAGUCCAUGUCCUGAUUCCACUGCAGGCCAGUGUUCAGCCUAGCAUACAUAUAGCUGUGCAAUGUUCAGUCUUCCUACCUUCCCCCAAAGAUCUAAGGCAGCACCUUGCCCAUUACAUGCUGCACGUGUCCUCAAGCCAUUUCCAGGAGCCAGUGUUCUGUUAGUCUGGUGCCUUUGUGGAGCUGCUCCCUGAUUUCCCAUUGCUUGGAAGAAAAGGUUUCAUGUUGUUACAAACACCCUUCCAUAAAGUUAGUGGGUGUGAAACCAAAGGAGACCUCUAUGCCGUGUAUUCCAGCUGGGCCUAGUGCACAAAUACAGACUUGCCAAAGGACCACUGCAGCGCAUGCAAUUCGCUGAUGCUUUCAGAGCUGUCUUCAUCGCCUGUCUCUGUGCAGCUAAUGUGAAAUCCUGCUUCAUUAAUGAAUGUACUUCUGAUUUUUGCAGGAAAUGACAGUGAUGUGUGAAUGGUGUGCCUGUUCCCUUAGACUGCAGUCCCGUGCUCACGGCUGGCAAUCCCAGAGGUGUGCUUGUAGCAGUGGCAGAUAAAGGUGGCUUUUAAAAAAGUGAUGUAAACAUUGAUAUUACAUCAUGCACAUCCGUGUCUCUGGGCUUUCAGAGCGUGUGACCAGCCAGUCCAGUUCCUCCGUGACACACUUUUGUGAUUAGAAGAAAAUAACUAUCAACAUUAAAAAAAGUAACAGUCUCUUUAGGUGCGGUUGUUAAAAAUGCACAAAGAUAAGGUGGCCCAGCUGCAAGUGUGGAUAAUGGAAACUGAGAGCUAGUGGUACAGUGCUUUCACCUAUAUCAGAAUUACACUAAUCUUGUGGGGAAUCUUCUCCAGCGUCUGUGGACCAAUUUCAUCUGGUAUCAGUGGAGCUGAACCUUUUUAAUGCAGGUCUUUUUAAUCCAAGGACAGAGGACACAAAACCGCCAUUCUGCCACCGAGAAUUUAGCCACCAUUUUGGCCACAACUCUUAAAAGAGAGAGAGAGAGUGUGUGUGUGAGAGAGAGAGAUCAGACAAUAUUUCCAAACAUGCCCUCUAAUUUUGGGUGCCUAGUUUUGAGACACCAGCGGCCAAAAUUCCUGAACUCAAACAGAGCUGCAAAUGCUCAGCAGCAUUAAAACCCAGCCCCAAGUAUCUAAAUAUUAGUCUCUCAGAACGAGAGCCACCCAGAAUCUGAGGUCCUUUUGAAAUGUACUCUUAAUCAUUCUUCCCAGUGCUGCAACUGUACAGAUCAAUCUUCUGCAUGCAGAAGGAAAUAAAGAAACAGAGCCAGAUUCGUUUGUCUUGCGGAAGAUAUCUGUGGUAUGGUUUUUGGGGGAGAAAUUGCUAUUUGUUAAUGGGAAAAAGAACGUGACCCAGCAGAAGAGGUUUGUUUUUCAAAUUUCUGUUUAAUUCUAAACAAUGGUGGGUAGCAGUGAAUGAACCGCACUUCUCUCUGUCCUGUGCUUUUUUCCUCCAUAAGCACAGUUGUAUGCUGGGAUGAGUGUGACAUGGCUUUAAUACGUAAGGUCUUGCAGAUGAGGGUUUGAGGGACAUUCCCUCAUGUCUGUGACCAUGAACAAAGCAACUGGAAGAAAGCUGGGGAUUCAGCACUGCUGUUCUGAAUUUUAAGGUGCCAUGUGAUAUCAACCAUGAUCUAUUUUGUCUUGUAAAAAGGUUAGAUUAGCUGUGAUGUUCAAGUUCCAUGAAGUAAAAACCCAGGACACAUGUCCUUCAAAGUG